UCACAACCACAAAAUUCGCAGAAAUGGCUUCCAACGGAGAACUCCCAGAUGAGCCUCACAAGCUCUUCGAUACCAUUCUCACUCUUGAUUUUGGUUCGCAGUAUACUCAUCUUAUCACCCGUCGUUUACGAGAACUUAAUGUCUACUCUGAGAUGCUCCCGUGCACUCAAAAGCUGGCAGAUCUCUCCUGGAAACCAAAAGGGAUUAUUCUUUCAGGAGGGCCGUACUCCGUCUACGAAGCAGAUGCCCCCCACGUCGACCCCGCGAUUUUCGAACUCGGAGUUCCAAUCCUCGGAAUAUGCUAUGGAUUACAAGAGAUAGCAUGGCAUCAUGGGAAGAAUGUGAUCGCCGGAACGGAAAGAGAGUAUGGACACGCAGAUGUCAAAGCGAAUAGAGAAGAUGGGCGAGUGGAUAAGCUGUUCAAGGACUUGGAGGACGAUGUGAAGGUGUGGAUGUCUCAUGGUGACAAGCUGGGAGCACUUCCUCCUCAGUUCCACAUCAUUGCGACAACCAAGAAUUCCCCAUACGCGGGUAUUGCGCAUGAAACGAAACCAAUCUAUGGCAUCCAGUUCCACCCCGAAGUUACACAUACACCUCGAGGAACCAAGUUAUUGGAGAACUUUGCUGUUGGAAUUUGCGGCGCAAAGCAAAAUUGGACAAUGGCUACAUUCGUGGAUAAAGAGAUUGCAAGAAUCAGAGCUUUGGUCGGAGAGAAAGGGCAAGUUCUCGGUGCUGUUAGCGGAGGUGUCGACUCCACCGUCGCUGCCAAGCUUAUGCACGAGGCUAUUGGAGAUCGCUUCCACGCUGUUCUCGUUGACAAUGGUUGCAUGCGUCUCAACGAGUGUGAGCAGGUCAAGAAGACUUUGACCGAGCACCUCGGUAUUAAUCUCACCGUUGUCGAUGCCUCAGAUCUGUUCCUUGAUGGCCUGAAGGGUAUCCACGACAACCCAGAGGCCAAGCGUAAAUUCAUUGGAGGUACCUUCAUCGAUGUCUUCGAAGCCGAAGCUCUUAAAAUCGAAGAAGCAGCCAAAAACUCUCCAAAAGCUGGUCCAAUCAAGUUCUUCUUGCAGGGCACUCUCUACCCAGACGUCAUCGAAUCCAUCUCCUUCAAGGGCCCCUCUCAAACCAUCAAGACCCACCACAACGUCGGCGGUCUCCCAGAGCGCAUGAUGAAUGGUCAAGGCCUCAAGCUCAUCGAGCCUCUACGCGAACUGUUCAAAGAUGAAGUUCGCGAAUUAGGAAGACAGCUCGGUAUCCCACACGACCUCGUCAUGCGCCACCCCUUCCCCGGCCCAGGAAUUGCCAUCCGAGUCCUUGGUGAAGUCACCCGCGAGCAAGUUGCCAUUGCCCGCAAAGCUGAUCACAUCUUCAUCGAAGAGAUCAGGAAGGCUGGUCUCUAUGAUCAAAUCAGUCAGGCUUUUGCUGCUCUCUUGCCCGUCAAGGCAGUGGGUGUUAUGGGUGAUAAGCGAGUGCACCAGCAAGUUGUUGCUCUUCGCGCGGUCUGCACCACCGAUUUCAUGACGGCGAAUAUCUUCCGUUUUGAUUGGGACUUCUUGGAGCGGGUAUCCACGCGAAUUGUCAAUGAGGUUGAUGGUGUCUGCCGUGUCGAGUACGACUUGACCAGCAAGCCUCCUGGAACCAUUGAGAUGGAAUAGAAUAAAUAGUAAGCGGUUGGCUCUUGGGAUUCAAAGGUAAAUCAUAGAUAAGCGAGAAAGCCUGGCUUAGGUACCAAGCCUUGUAAACGCAAGUCUCUCGCGUUUUGGAUACCCUGAUUUUGAUUUCUGGCGUUCAGAGUGAGCGGGCUGGAGGCUGGAUUGUUAGUUAGAUCGUAGAAUUGGAAACGUCGCCGUUAAAACUCCGGUGUACAAAAUAAGUACGAAGUUGUGGGCGAGGUUCUGCAGGUUUAUGGCAGCUGUAGCCGUAACCGGGCAAUGACCCACUCAACUGUCCACAUCUUGCGCUCUCUGUUAUGUGGUGCCUAAAUCCAAGCA